UUGCAUGCUUACAAAGCGUAAAAAGCUGCAGAUUAUACGCUCACAUGUACGCAAAUGUAUGAUCAAUUAUAUUUAAUCAUUUACGGCUUAUCGCCGUGGAGUUAAUACUACAUCAUUUGUAUAGUUUACGUGACAAUAUUUUGAAUUAGUAUUUUUAACACACGUCAUCUGGGUUCAACCUGUGCACGUUUAGACACUUAAAGAGGAACACGAGAUGUUUGUGUACAUUCGGCAUGAAUUAGGACUCAUAAACAAACCGGUGCUUUGUUUGUUUUGCCCAGACAGACAGCAGCAGACAGUUAGGAGUUAUGUAAGGGCCGUUUGAACGGAGCGGUCCAAACGCGCCCGGGUGACAGCCGGGGAACCACUUCACCGAGAAAGGGAAAUUAAAUGUUUUUGCUGUUUCGAGAUUAUCUAAGGCAAUAUAUACAUUUAACACAAUUGCAAUAUUCUGAUAUAUUCCGUAAAAACGUAAAAAUUGUAGUUAAUUCGGGUUUAUAAAAUGCUUCCCUCCCCUCCGGGCGAAGAUGGUACAGUCCAAGCCGCGUCAUCCAUUGUUUACAAAUCGACCCUGCUCGUUGGUAACUAGCGGCGUGCUGAGAGAGGAGCGGCCCGGCGGCUCUCAGUCAAACCGACGACCAGAAGAAAAGACCCACCCGAAACAACUCGCCGAACCCCGCGACACGCCGCCAUGCCGUGUCGGAAGGAGAACUACAUCUUUCUGGAGCAGUCCGUCACCGUCGACUCCAAAGAAGUGGACGCGCUGGUGACGAAGAUCGGCGAGGCGCUGCAGCUCCACAACAACAACAACAGUGGCGGCGGCAUCCAGCAGACGGUGUCCGUGUCCGUGUCCUGCCUGCACGGGCUCACCGCCGGCGGCAACCCGGCGGCUGUAAACAGCGGUGGAGGAGCAGGAGGAGGAGGUGUGGGAGCUCCGGCGCAGAGGCGCUCUGGCUGCUGCAUGAGGCUCCGGAACCACCGGGGGAGCAGCAGCAGCAGGGCGAGCCCGUACAGCGUGCCCGGUUCCAACGGCGACCGGGAGUGGGACCAGAUCAAACCGUGGCACAAGAAGCGGAUCGACGUGGAGCAGGACGACCCGCACCGGCUGCUGCAGGAGCUGAUUCUGUCGGGGAACCUGAUCAAAGAGGCCGUGAGGAGGCUGCAGUUCUCCGCCGCGGAGUGUGGAGAUUUCCCCAAGGCGGUGGACAAUGUGCCGAGCUGAUACCGUAACGGACGAGCCGGGGACGGGGGUCCAACCCCCCCCCCCCCCUUAUGGACACCCAAACUGUUGUUUAGAAUUUCACUGGUAGCUAUGUUUAUUUCCAAUUCCGUUUGUUACUCUACGGUAGCUAGCGGUUGUUUAGCUAGCUAGCCACCGGCUGAAUGAGCCGUGUUGUUUUGCUAGCAGUUAGCCUAGCAGCUAGCCGCCUGGCUAAGGGCCGUGUUGUUGUUUGAAUGUCCCCCGGUGGAGCGGGGGGGGGAGGGGGGAAGUGGGGAGUUAAACCACCGACCUUUAACCGGCCGUUUCGUUGAUAAACAAAUGGAAAUAUUUCGAAAGCUAAUGCUAAUCUCGUGUGAUUUAAGAUCAAAACUCACAUCCCGCGGGACUAUGUUUGUGUAAACGUUAGUUCUGUGAACAAUGGGGCUGAUUGAAUGAAUGAAUGAGUGAACUGAGACCGGAAGUGGACGAUUAUUCAUUUCUUAUUUACCACUUUGUCCCGAAAUCUGUUUUUUUUUGGGGGGGGGGGUAUUACAAUAGGGCUGUGGGUUAGUAAACAAUUUAUUUUACAAUCUCAUGCUGCUGCGCAGAGAGGAAGAACUUCCGUACACUCAUUCAAUUCCUGCUGGGUUGUCCUCUAACUUUACCCAGACUAAUCAGUGACACAUGUAUGUGUGUAUAUAUACAUAUAUAUGUGUAUGUGUGUAUAUAUAUACAUAUAUAUGUGUAUAUAUACAUAUAUAUGAGACGCUCAAGGACAACACCCCCGUGUGUCGCUCUUAGAUCAUAUUUAAGUGUCUUCAGCUCAGGGGUGUGAUGUUGUUUCUGGAGACUUCUGUGGUGCUCACCUCACCUUUUGGAAUUGCGACUUGUUGUGUUUUUGUAUUUGUUUCUUCUCGGUAAAAAGAAAAAUCAGCACGACUGCUUCGUAACGAAGUUUUUGAUAACGUUCCUGAAUAUUCAGGUUUCUUUGUUUUUUUGUUGUUGUUUUAAUAAACUCAUUCUUGUUUUUCCAAAACCUCCGUAGUAGUUUGUUAUUCUGGUGAGUGUGUGG